AUGCUUCUCAAGCGACUCGCCUAUAUCGCUGGCGCUCUCCGGACCGCCGCCGCGGCGGCUAUUGAUCUCCCUGCAGAGACGACAGCCGCCGCAGCCCGAGCGCCGAUCGUCCACCUCGACUACGCCACGUACCGGGGUUCCCGCGCUGCUGGUGCCGGCGUCGACCAAUUUCUCGGUAUGCGUUUCGCCAGCCCGCCUGUAGGUGACCUGCGGUUCCGCGCGCCGCAGGCGCCGGCCUACGAGAACGAGGUGCAGGACGCGAGCAAGUUCGGCGCGCUCUGUGUCGGCGUUGGUACCACCGCCGAUGACAGUUUUGCCGAAGACUGCCUCUUUGCCAACGUCUUCAAACCCGCCAACGCCACCGCAGCAUCGAAGCUUCCUGUAUGGGUCUUCAUCCAGGGUGGCGGCUACGCCGCCAACUCCAACGGCAACUACAACGGCUCCCAGAUCGUCCAGCAGAGCGGUGGCAACAUUGUCUUUGUCAACUUCAACUACCGCGUCGGUGUGCUUGGCUUCUUGGCUAGCGAAGAGGUUCGUCACGACGGCGCGCUGAAUGCUGGCCUCCUGGACGAGCGGAUGCUUCUUAGAUGGGUGCAAAAGUACAUCAGCCAGUUUGGAGGCGACCCUAAGCAUGUCGUAAUUCAUGGCGAUUCGGCAGGCGGUGGGUCCGUCUCGUAUCAUUUGACCGCUUACGGAGGCAAUGACAAGGAGGACCUGUUUGUUGGUGCCAUGCCUGAGAGCCCGUUCUGGCCGACGCAACGUACCGUGCAACAGAUGAGAUUCCAGUGGACGCGUCUUCUCGACAAGACCAAUUGCGCGUCUCUCAACUGCCUCCGGAAGCUUGGAAUUCGCGCGCUACGUGAAGCGAGCUUGCCUUCGCCCUUCCCGGAGGCACAUACCGGGGACCCCUUGCCGCUGUGGUACUGGUUGCCUGUGAUUGACGGGCACCUGGUCCAAGACCACAUGUACUCGCAGUUCCAGACAGGACAAUUUAAGCGCGUACCGAUGCUCAUCGGUGAUGAUACCAACGAAGGUACCUUCUUUGCUGCCAAUGCCAGUACCGAGACAGAAGCGUUGGCCUUCCUGCGAGCCAAUUAUCCACGUCUUAAAAGGUGGCAGCUUGCCCUUGUGAGCAACCUCUAUCCCAAGAUGGACCCCUUGCCCAAGCACGCUGCCUACUUCCCUUCUACCGCCGCAGCAUACGGCGAUUGUACCUUUACCUGCGCCGGAAACGCCAUAACCGAUGCCAUCUCAUCCUUUGUGGGUCGUGACAAGUCGUGGAAUUACCGUUACAACGUCGCCGAUCCGGAGCAAGUAGCCGAAGGUUUCGGUGUGCCACACGUCGCUGAAAUCGGUGCAAUCUUUGGUCCAGACAAUGUUCAGGGACAGGAGGCGAAGUCUCUGAGGACCACCAAUGCCGCUAUUGUACCAGUGACAAUGGCGUACUUCUCCAGCUUCGUUCAAUACCUGGAUCCCAAUGUCAAACGGCACCCUGGAUCGCCGGUGUGGCAGAAUUGGGCGUCUGAAGAUGAGCAGGGUCGCCGUAUGCGGCUGGAAACAAACAAAACGGUGAUGGAGGCGGUGCCCUUCGACUUGAUCAGAAAGUGCCAGUUGUGGAGGUUUCUUGCUAGUAGUAUGGAUGUUUGA